AGUACAAAAAUAGCCACCGUUCAACGAUUAUUUCCUCCAUACAGUUGCGUUGUUAAUUAUUAUUUAUACAAAUAUAUAUAGUUAUAUAUUAUUGCUACGUUAUAAACUUAAAGUAUAUUAUUGAAUUUUUUAAUACUCCGAAAUCAUAAUUUUCUCCGAAAAACAGGCGAUAUUAUAAUGAGCGACCGUAGUAGAUUCGCGUUCGGCAACCUGGCCCAGACACCUCAGUACCAGAAUCGCUGCGCUCUGUGUUUGACCACGAACCCGGACGACAGUAACACGACGGGUGUCUGCCAGCACACGGCCAGCGUCGAGUCGGCGUUACAUUAUCUGCGAAAUUACGGGGCCCCGACCAGCCCGUCCUACAGCUCGUCACCGUAUCACGGUCAAGACACAGGAUCGGCGACGACGGCACCAGCAUACCCGGCGUUCGGUAGCUGUUCCCCGCCCGUUUCGCCCAACUACUACACGCUCGCCGAAUUCCUGUUGCGCAUGAACCGCAUGCAACAGGAGAACAACGGUGGCCAUCAUCACUUGCGCCAGCAUCCGAUUUCGUCCAGGCCGCCCAAGUCCAAGUCCGAGAUGGGAUGCCUGCGCGAGUGCGCGUUCUGCAAGAGCAACGGCGAGACGGCCGAGUUCUACAAGUCGCACUUCCUCAAGGACCCCGUCGGCCGAGUCAGAUGCCCGAUACUGCAACGGUAUCAAUGUCCGUUUUGUUAUGCAACUGGAGAGAACGCACACACAAGACGUUACUGUCCAAAAAAUCCAAAUAAAAUGUGUUUUAUUAAAGGAGAUCAACUUGUUAAGCAAAAUUUGCAAUGAAAAAUAAAUAUUAUUGUUUAUAUGUUUAGUUAAUAUAUUAUUAAAUAAUUGUUUUUGGAUUCAAUAAUUAUAGUAGUUAAUAAUGAAAAUGUUAUUAAUGGUUUUAUGAAUAGAUAACUACAAUUAUAUUUAAAAAUAAUUUUACAUAGUUUAACAUGAUAUUAUCAGUAUAAAUUUGAGUUUUAUUUUCUGAUUGAUUGUAAACAA